UCUGUGAUCUUUCUUUUGUAGACUGCUGAUCUACGGCCAGUACUGCAGUCAUAUGGAGAACGCUCAGAAGACACUGGAUGAGCUGAUUGCCACACGGGAAGAUGUCAAAUGUAAAGUGGAGGAGUGUACCAUGAAGGUCCAGGAGGGGAAGUUUAAACUUCAGGAUCUCCUGGUGGUCCCUAUGCAGAGGGUCCUCAAAUACCACCUUCUGCUUAAGGAGUUAGUAAGUCACUCUAUGGACCGCCCAGAGAGACAGCAGCUUAAAGAGGCACUAGAAGCCAUGCAGGACCUGGCAAUGUACAUCAAUGAGGUGAAGAGAGACAAUGAAACCCUGAAGAAAAUAAGUGAAUUUCAGAGCUCAAUAGAAAAUCUACAGGUGAAGUUAGAGGAGUACGGCAGGCCGAAGAUUGAUGGAGAGAUUAAAGUGUGCUCUAUAGUUAACCGAACCAAACAAGACAGAUACAUCUUCCUGUUUGAUAAAGUUGUUAUUGUUUGCAAGAGGAAAGGAUAUAACUACGAGUUAAAAGAGAUCAUCGAACUUCACCUCUACAAGAUGUCCGAUGACCCUAUGAAUAACCGUGACAUGAAGAAGUCGAGUGGAAAAAUGUGGUCCUAUGGCUUUUACCUGAUCCAUCUGCAGGGGAAACAGGGCUUCCAGUUUUUCUGCAAGACAGAAGACACCAAGCGGAAGUGGAUGGAGCAGUUUGAGAUGGCCAUGUCAAACAUCAAACCCGAAAGAGCUACCGCCAACCAGCAUAACUUCCAAAUGCACACGUUUGAAAAGAACACCAACUGCAGAGCCUGUAAAAUGCUGCUGAGGGGUAUUUUCUACCAGGGAUACUACUGUGCACACUGUGGGACUGGUGCCCAUAAGGAGUGUCUGGAGGUCAUUACCAUCUGCAAAAUAAGUCCUCAUGAUUCGGAGCCAGGGCUUGCACAAUCAGGUCCAAAGAUGGUGGCCAUAAGAAAUUACCAUGGUACCCCUGCCCCACCAGGAAAGAUGCCUCUCUGCUUUCAGACAGGCGAAGUCAUUGAGCUCCUGAAGGGAGAUCCAGACACAUCAUGGUGGGAGGGCAAACUCAAAACCCAAAAGACUGGCUUCUUCCCCAGUUCCAGUGUGAAACCAUGUCUAGACCCAAAGCCUUUCCAGACAUUUUCUAGCCGUCAGUCCUCCAGAGAGACAGAUUACUUCGUUUAUCCCUGGUUUGCAGGAAACAUGGAGCGACAGCAGGCCGACAACCUGCUUAAGUCUCACAUCAGCGGCACCUAUCUGAUCCGAGAGAGGACGGCGGAGGCAGAGAAAUUCGCAAUCAGCAUUAAAUUUAACGAUGAAGUGAAGCAUAUUAAAGUUAUUGAGAAAGACAACUGGAUUCACAUCACAGAGGCAAAGAAGUUUGAUAGCCUCCUGGAGCUUGUGGAGUAUUAUCAGAGUCAUUCACUGAAAGAGAGCUUUAAGCUGUUGGACACGACAUUACGGUACCCUUACAAAUCCAGGGAACGCUCAAGUUCUCGCACCAAUACCCGUUCACCAGCAGCCACCUGUGCUUCCUACAACUUCUCCUUCCUCAGUCCUCAGGGCCUCAACUUCUCCUCUCAAAGCUCUGCUCCCUUCUGGUCAGUAUUCACACCCAGGGUAGUCAGCACAGCUGUGGCGAGAUACAACUUUGCUGCUCGGGACAUGAGAGAGCUGUCCCUGCGAGAGGGGGACAUCGUCAAGAUCUACAGCAAGAUUGGUGGAGACCAAGGCUGGUGGAAAGGAGAGGCCAACGGCAGGAUUGGAUGGUUCCCCUCUACAUAUGUCGAUGAGGAGGGGGUGCAGUGAAACUCUGGGGUCAAAGAUCAUCCAAUAAAAUCCACAGCCCUCUGAGGACUCUGAUUCCAUGGCAACAUCUCAUGGAAGUCUUUUUCGCUGGAAACAUGUUUUACAAUGAAUAUUUGUACUUCUCUCUCCUUUCGUCAUGUACGAAUAUGCUUUUUUCCCUUUCUCGGAAUGUCUGUGUGAUCUCUGUGAAGACAUCUGCUACGAGUCUGUCGUUUCUCAGCGCUGAGGAGGAAACUGUGAACAGAGCAGAACUAUGCCUUGAAGUGGCCAAAGGACAAGCAUGGCUUUAAGUUUGUAGAGAAAUAUCUGUAAGGUGCGCUGGGGUAUAAUGGGGGGUGGGGUUGUAUAAAAUUAUAUAUAAACAUAAUUUAUUAAAGAGAGAAAUCUAUGAUUAAAAUGCAGUUUUGAACAUUUGUUCAACUGCAGCAGCGCAAAGAAUAUAUGAGAGCGGAAAAGAUGCACUUUGCAUUUCUUUACAGAUAGAAUUUGCCUUAGUUAAUGGUAAUGCCUUUAGAGGUGGAGGUAAAGAGAUGGAUUCAGACUCAUCUUGCACAUACACACUCGUACAUCUGCCCCGUCCAGAAAUACGGUGCCUUUUCGUACAUGUUCUUCACUUCCAACAGUCUCGUUUUUACAGCUGCAGCGUUAAUGCCCUGUUCUGUAGCGGUGCACUCUCAUGGCCCUAUCCGCCCGUUCAGCUGGACGCUACUCAUCCUGAAGACCACAAAAGAGACUGAACAUUUCUUCAACUGGAAUGAGCAGACGACCAGAUCUGCUCAUCAUCUCACUGGAACGAAGAGGCAGCUAACCGAAAGCAUUCGGUCAUGACUGGAAUGGCUUAGACAAUGAAGGAUACAAGCAGCAUUAUGUCUUCCUCUUCCUUCAAGAGGAUGCAGUGCAAUGGAGUGUCAGGAGGAGGUUCAGUUAACGCCGUUUCUGUGAUUUCUUCGUUCUCAGUGGUCCAAAUUUGGACUAAAAAGGGAAUGCCGAAUGCUGUUCUGUGCACUGAUUUUUCUGAAUACCCAGAGGUUUUUGUGAGAUUUUCUUGUUGUCUUCUACAAGCACAUUUUGCCAUUCCACGUUUCUCGUCUGCAGCCUGCCACAUUACUGGUGGACACAACUUGGUGCUACAUAUUGAAAAUUGAAGUUUGAGCAGAAUUUUCUUUUAUGCUGUUGUGGACAAGGAAACCCACUGCUGAAGAACCUCAGCCAUCAAGUGCACUUUAUAUGUCCAGAGACCUUUUAACACAGGACACCACACUGCACAUCUGGACAUUAACAAUUUCAUAUUUAAAAACAUUUUUUGAAAUGUCCCUAUUUUUACCUCUGGAACGAGAAAAAAGUAAAAUCCUUGACACUAUGAGCAGCGGCCCCUCAAAGUUGAACAUUACCUGUAAACUCCGUAAGUGCAUGGAUGUGUCCCUGAUACAGUCCUUGGAGAAAAACCUUUUGCUGUUGCCGGCCAUCAGAAAUUGAAGCUUUAAAUCGAGGUUGGAGAGUGCUAGACUGUAAUAAUAAAGCAUCGGACGUGUGUUACAGUAGCUGCGCGCCAGGCUUGAGGACAGCUGAACAGUGCAGCUCAGGUCAGGGCAGCGCUGGCUUUGGGGCUUAGUACCUGUUUGUGUAGUGGACAAAAAACCCAAUGCAUGUAGUCAUAGAUAUUACAACUGCUGUCCGUGAAUCCUGAAAAAAGAUGUUUAAAAAAAAUGAAAAUAAAUUGUCAAUUUUUUUGAAUGGUCA